UGAUCGUGCCCAAAAACCAGCGUGAGGCCGUCAUGGCGCCCGGCAAGUCUGCGAUCGAUGCGCGGGCUCUGCCUGCGAAAGAGGCCAAGCUCUUCAAGGAGCUCCUGGUGGAAUUUGAGAACAAGUUGUACAAGAAAGGAGUCAAAACGGCAGACGCAAUCCUCAAGAAAGUGCCCGAUCAUGGAGAAACUCUCUGCAUGAAGGGCAUCAUUGUGUACAACAUGAACAGAAAGGCCGAGGGAUUCGAGCUUGCCAACCGUGGCUUGAGAAAAGACAUCAAGUCGCAUAUUUGCUGGCAUGUCCAAGCGCUCAUGCACAGAGCCGACAAAGACUACGAUCAAUCUCUGACGUGUUAUCUGCAAGCUCAUAAGCUCGACAAGGACAACUACAACAUACUCCGAGACUUGGCAGCAUUGCAGAUCUAUCAACGCCAGUACGAGGCCGCACUCGAAUCUAGAUUGCUUAUGCUUCGGUUGCAACCCAAGAUCAGACCGAAUUGGGCGAGCUUGGCGGUAAGCUACCACCUCUUAGGCGAUCUUGCUCGGGCUGCAGAUACUUUGCGAGCCUACCUGAGUCUCUUGGAGGAAGUGCCACCGCAAGACUACGAAUACUCUGAAACAGUUCUGUAUCUGGUCUCCGUACUCGAGGAAGCCGACCAGCCGCGAACAGCACUAGACGCUUUACACGGUCACACGCAAUUCAUCGUUGACAAGACUACGCGGGACGAACUUACUGCUCGGUUGCUUGUAAAGGUCGGCGAGAAGCAAGAAGGCUUACAAGCCUGGCGCAAGCUCCUUGCCUCUAAUGCGGAAAAUUACACCUACUUGCGGGGCUACCUCGCCGCUAGCGACCUGAACUCGGAGGACGCCGAGCAAAGUGACGCUUGCUUGCGAUGUCUGGACGACCUCGCAGGCCAAUACCCGCGUUCGCUAGCAAUACGAAGGCUUACUUUGAUCAUCAGCCGGGGCACGUCAUUCGCGAGUCGUGUAAAGGUCUAUCUAGCCGAUGCGCUUUCCAAAGGCGUCCCUUCGCUGUACAACGACCUAAAGCCUUUACUUCUGCUAGACGAAAAACGCGAAGCCAUUACGCAAUGCGUCGAGACUUUUGUAGAUACACUGACGACUAAACACGUCUUGGAUACAGAAGACGCACAGGGCAUCGAUCCGCCGACUACGCUCGUUUGGGCGCUCUACUUCCAAGCGCAGCUUUUUUCGGGCUUGGGGCUACAUCAGGGGGCGCUCCAAACGAUCACCAAAGCGCUCGACCACACGCCUACUUUGCCCGAGCUGCCAAUGAUGAAGGCGAGAAUACUCAAAAGAGCUGGUGACUUUGUCGGUGCCGAGAAGGCAAUGGCAGAAGCAAGAGCACUGGAUGGUCAGGACCGGUUCCUGAACUGCAAGCACGCAAAAUAUCUUCUCAGAGUCGACGAUGUCGCUGCUGCGGAAAGCACCGCUGGUCUCUUCACGAGGAAAGACGCAGCGUCUCCCAUAGCAGAUCUGAUCGACAUGCAAGCUUUCUGGUUCUUGCAAGCCGAAGCACAAUCCCACCAGAGGCAAUAUCGGCUCAACAUGGCGCUUAAGCGCUAUCAUCAAAUAGCAGCAAUCUUUGCGGACAUACGCGAAGAUGAAUUCGACUUUCACUCUUACGCAAUAAGGAGGUUCACCUUGCGAGCCUAUGUACAAUUACUGCGCUAUGAAGAUCAACUGCAUUCGCAUACAGCAUGUCUGAACGCAGUCGAGGGUGCAGUGCAAAUAUAUCUAGAAUUGGCAGAUAAGGCUGCUGGCCGUCCUGUUCGUCCCGAGCCAGUAAUGGACGAGGCUGCUCGGGAUGCAGAACGACAACAAGCGAAAAAGAACAAAAAAGCAGAGGCCAAAGCUAAGUCCAAAGAGACACCUAAGAAAGAUGCAGACGUGCUUGUCUCCGCCGAAGAUACAGAUCCAAACGGCGACGCGUUGCUCGCCACCACGGAGCCGCUCGAAUCGGCGAAUCAGCUACUGAAACCUCUCAAGCUUAGUGCUGCCAAAGAGAUCCAGACAUGGCUACUUGCUUUCGAUAUUGAUAUCCGUCGAGAUAGUCUAAUACUGGCAGCCCAGAGCCUAGCGAAAGCGCAUGCGCUCAACAAAGAUGACGAUCGAUUGCCUUUGCGGUACAUCAGUCUUAUGCGAGCGCUGGAAAGACGACAGAGUAUCGAGCCUGCGGUACGACAAGCGUUGACUGACGUCCUCUCUUCUGCUACAAAGGCGUCUUCCCCGGCUACGUAUCUUGAAGAGCUGAAGCUGGCGCCCGUGCGGAUGGCUCAAUGUGUCUUCGAAGCUAGAGGGGCCGAGGGCCUCAAAGAGGUCGAAGACCGCCUGUUCACUCAGCUCGACGAGGAGUCGCCGCCGCACAUGCACACGUGUCAGGAAGCGAUCGAGCUGCUCGAGCUCGCACGGUCAGAGCGCAUCACAGAAUACAAAGCCAGAGCCGCGAAGCUCUUGCCGCUCUCAACUUGCUUUACGAGGACGGAGCCUCAUGUCAACGGCGUCAAUGGACACUCAUAGCUUUGCUCUAGCUAUGCCUGUAGCUGUGACCAGAUGCAUCUGGCCGUAAGGCAGCCUGAAUUGAGAGUGAUGCUCGGCGAGCUUCAACCUCGCAGUGGCGCAGCCAUAGUGAUGGCGAGUUCAACAGCUUGCAUUGUGCAAUCUAGCGGAUGAGCAAGAGCACGCAGACUAAAACGCAGGACGCAUAGAAACACGCUCGCGAGAUUGGUGGCUGGUAUGGCGCUUGCCUUGUCUCUUUCUUGCUGCCUGCCGAGUCUGACCGUCAUCCAGCUUGAGCUUGAGUCGUCGAUUCCUGUCGGCAGGUUCGAUGGCGAGAGUCAUACUCUUGUCCGACGAGCAGAUGCGCCUCCCGAUGAUGUGCAUGAGCUUUGUCGGCAUCACAGCAGAUCACCCG